AUGGACAACACCAGCUCCUCGCUCUGCUUCCCCAACCUCAACUCCUCCUGCAGACGCCUGCUACGACCACAGUCUGAGACCACUCUGCUCUACACGCUGCUCUUCUCCGUCUCCCUGUUGACUGUGAUGCUCAACUCACUCGUCGUCUUCUCCAUCUCCCACUUCCGGCAGCUCCAGACUCCGACCAACACCCUGCUGCAGUCUCUGGCGGUGUCUGACCUGCUGCUGGGGCUGCUGGUGAUGCCUGUUGAAGGCCUGCGCUACAUAGAGACAUGCUGGCUGCUGGGGAGGCUCAUGUGUGCUCUGAGCCCGUACAUUUACUACUGUCUAACGUCUUCCUCUGUGGGCCACAUGGUGCUCAUAUCGGUCGUUCGUUAUCUGACCGUCUGUGAUCCACUGCAACAGUACUCCAAGAUCACCAUGACUAACGUUAAAAUCUGUAUCUGUCUCUGCUGGACAUCUUCAGUAAUGUACAACGGCUUAAUUCUGAUGGAGCACAUGGGGCACCCUGACAGAGUGCGAUCCUGCUACGGGCAAUGUGUAGUGGUCAUCAACUACAUCUCAGGCACUGUUGACCUCAUCGUCACCUUUGUGGGACCCUGCACUGUCAUGGCUGUGCUGUACAUGAGGGUGUUUCUGGCUGCUCUGUCUCAGGCGCGUGUAAUUCAGUCACAGACGGCUGCUACUAACACGGAAGCAGCUCCAACAGCUAAGAAGUCACAGAGGAAGGCAGCCAGGACGCUGGGGAUUCUGAUAGUUGUGUUCCUAAUGUGUUUCUGCCCUUAUUACUAUCCCACGCUUGCAGGCGAGGACACGUCCACUGGCUUGUCCUAUUUUGGAGUAUUAGCUUGGCUCAUGAUGAUAAAUUCUUUUGUAAACCCUCUCAUAUAUGCUCUGUUUUAUCCGUGGUUUAGAAAAGCUAUCAAACUCAUUUUUACACUUAAAAUUCUGCAGGCUCACUCACAGGAUGUCAUGGUCAUGUAA